GGAGUUCUUCACCAACCACCAGCCAUGAGAGUUGUUGUGCUUGCCCUGACAGUGGCCUUCGUGGCCUGUCAACAGAUUAACCUUGUUCCUGAGUUUACCCUCGACAAGACCUAUGUGUACAAGUAUGAGGCUCUGCUCUUGGGCGGUCUCCCUCAAGAAGGUCUGGCCAGAGCAGGAAUUAAACUCAGCAGCAAGGUUCUUCUCACUGCGAUGACAGAAAAUAUUUUCCUGAUGAAGCUCAUGGAUCCUCUGCUCUUUGAGUAUGGGGGCAUCUGGCCCAAGGAUCCUUUUGUUCCUGCCACUAAGCUAACCACAGCACUGGCCGCUGAGCUUCAGAUUCCCAUCAAGUUUGAGUAUGCUAAUGGUGUGGUUGGAAAGAUAUUUGCCCCAGCAGGAGUGUCCCCUACUGUCAUGAACUUGCACAGAGGAAUCCUCAACAUCCUUCAGCUCAACCUCAAGAAGACCCAGAACGUCUAUGAACUUCAAGAGGCUGGAGCUCAGGGAGUGUGCAGGACACACUAUAUCAUAAAUGAAGAUCUAAAAGCCAACCAUAUUAUUGUCACAAAGUCUAAGGACCUCAGCCACUGUCAGGAAAGAAUCAUGAAGGACAUAGGCUUGGCAUACGCAGAGAGAUGUGCCGAAUGCACACGGCGUGUCAAAAGUCUUAUUGAAACUGCAACUUACAACUACAUCAUGAAACCAGCUGCCACCGGUGUACUGAUCACUGAAGCAACAGUUGAGGAAGUUCAUCAGUUCUCACCACUCAAUGAGAUUCAUGGUGCUGCCAUGAUGGAAGCAAAACAAACUUUGAAUUUUGUUGAGAUUGAGAAGGCCCCUGUUGUUCCCAUCAAAGCUGAUUACCUGCCCCGGGGAUCCCUGCAGUAUGAGUUUGCAUCUGAGAUUCUUCAGACCCCUAUUCAAUUACUGAAAAUCAGUGAUGCACCAGCCCAGAUCAUAGAGGUCCUGAAGCACUUAGUUGCUAACAAUAUGGCUAUGGUCCAUGAUGACGCUCCCCUGAAGUUUAUUAAACUAAUCCAGCUCCUCCGUGUUGCCACCUUUGAGAACAUUGAGGCUAUCUGGGCUCAGUUCAAGGGCCAACCAGUUUACAGGCGCUGGCUUCUGGAUGCUCUUCCCGCUGUUGGCACACCAGUCAUUGUAAAAUUUAUUAAGGAGAAGUUUCUGGCUGGUGAACUUACCAUUCCUGAAUUCAUUCAGGCUCUUGUGAUGGCUCUGCAAAUGGUCACUGCUGAUUUGGAAACCACCCAGUUGACUGCUAGUUUGGCUAUGCAUGAGAGAAUCGCGACAAUCCCAGCUGUGCGUGAAGUGGUCAUGCUUGGAUAUGGUUCUAUGAUCGCCAAGCACUGUAUUGCAGUACCCACCUGCCCUGUUGAGCUCCUCAGGCCCAUCCAUGAUAUGGCUGCAGAUGCCAUUGCCAAGAAUGACAUUCCUGAACUCUCACUGGUUCUCAAAGUUCUGGGCAAUGCUGGUCACCCAGCUAGUCUUAAAACGAUCAUGAAGCUCCUGCCAGGACUAAGAACUGCCGCUACUACUCUGCCCAUUAGAGUUCAGGUUGAUGCCAUCUUGGCACUGAGGAACAUUGCCAAGAAAGAGCCCAAACUGGUUCAGCCAGUGGCCUUGCAGCUCUUAUUGGACAGAGCUCUCCACCCUGAAGUGCGCAUGGUUGCUUGUAUUGUGUUGUUUGAGACAAAGCCCUCAGUGGCUCUUGUUUCCAGUCUUGCUGGUGCUUUGAGGAUUGAGCCAAACAUGCAUGUGGCAAGCUUUGCCUAUUCCCACAUUAAGUCCUUGACCAGAAUCACUGCUCCUGAUAUGGCAGCUGUUGCUGGAGCAGCUAGUGUUGCCAUGAAGCUCUUGAGCCCCAAGUUGGACAGACUUAGUUUCCGUUUCAGCAGAGCCCUUACACUGGACUUCUAUCAUACUCCUCUAAUGAUUGGAGCUGCUGGUAGUGCCUACAUGAUCAAUGAUGCCGCCACCAUCCUGCCCAGAGCUGUUGUAGCUAAAGCACGUGCCUACCUGGCUGGAGCUGCUGCUGAUGUUUUUGAGAUUGGUGUGAGAACUGAAGGAAUCCAGGAGGCUCUUCUGCAAUCUCCUGCUGCUGAUGAAAGUGUUGACCGUAUCACAAAAAUAAAGCGCACUCUGAGAGCACUCACUAACUGGAAGGCUCUUCCAACCAACCAGCCAUUGGCUUCAGCCUAUGUCAAAAUACUUGGACAAGAAGUGGCCUUUGUCAACAUUGACAAGACUGUCAUUGAACAAGCAAUACCGCUUGCCACUGGACCCAAACCACGUGAACUUUUGAAGGAAGCCCUUAAAGCAUUACAAGAAGGAAUUGCUGUGCAGUAUGCCAAACCUCUGCUAGCGGCUGAAGUGCGUCGUAUCUUGCCAACAGCAGUUGGUGUACCCAUGGAGCUCAGUUUGUACACUGCUGCUGUUGCUGCUGCAGCUGUCAAUGUGAAGGCCACUAUUACACCUCCUCUUCCCGAGCAGCUGGAGACCUUCACUCUUGAGCAGCUGAAGAGGACUGACGUUCAACUGGUAGCUGAAGCCAGACCAAGUGUUGCUCUGCAGACUUUUGCUGUGAUAGGAAUAAACACUGCCUUCAUUCAAGCUGCUGUAAUGGCCAAAGGAAAGAUCCGUACAAUCCUCCCUGGAAAAAUAGCUGCUAGAGCUGACAUUCUUAAGGGCAACUACAAGGUGGAGGCCCUGCCUGUUGAGGUUCCUGAACAUAUUGCUACCGUGAGUUUUGAGACUCUUGCUGUGAUCAGAAAUAUUGAAGAGCCUACUGCUGAGAGGAUUGUUCCCUUGGUACCUGAUUUGUCUCUGCAAAACUCCCGAACACAUCUGGCUGGUGACGUGUCUUCUGAGACCACUGGGUAUGAUAUGUCAGCUGAGGUUCCUCUGAGAGCUGCUGCUCCACUGCACAAGACCCUCUGUCUUGUUGUCCCAUACAUUGAAAUCAAGGGAUGCAUUGAGGUGCACUCUCAAAAUGCUGCUUUUAUCAAGAAUGCUCCUCUGUUCUACAUAUUAGGACAGCACUCAGUGCGUGCUGCAGUGGCCAGAGGUGAUGGUCCUGCAGUUGAAAGACUGGAGCUUGAGGUUCAAGUUGGUCCUAGAGCUGCUGAGAGACUCCUUAAGCAAAUCAACCUUGUUGAUGAGGAAACUCCAGAGGGAAAGACCAUCCUGCUGAAACUGAGGGAAAUCCUGGACGCUGAAGCCAAAAAUGCUCCUGUUUCUUCUAAAAGUAGCAGCAGCAGCAGCAGCAGCCGUUCAAGCAGUUCAAGCUCCUCCAUGUCCAGUUCUCGCAUGAGUAAGACUGCCACCAUCAUUGAGCCUUUCAAGAAAUUUCACAAAGAUCGGUACCUGGCACCCCAUGGAGUUUCAAAGGCAGUAAGCAGUGGAAGCACAGCAGCCAGCUUUGAAGUCAUCCGCAAACAGGCUAAGUUCCUUGGAAAUGCUGCUCCACCUGUUUUUGCUGUUAUUGCCCGUGCCGUAAGAGUUGACCACAAGCUGUUGGGCUACCAACUUGGUGCUUACUUUGACAAGUCAACAGCAAGAGUGCAGCUUAUUGUUUCCUCAAUUGCUGAAAAUGACAACAUGAAGAUUUGUGCUGAUGGUGUCCUGUUGAGCAAGCACAAAGUCACUGCCAAAGUUGCUUGGGGUCCAGAGUGUCAACAAUAUGCAGUCACUGCCAAAGCUGAAGCUGGUGUUCUCGGAGAAUUCCCUGCUGCCCGUCUGGAGUUGGAAUGGGAAAGGCUUCCUUUAAUUGUCACCACAUAUGCUAAAAAGCUGUCUAAGCAUAUCCCUAUGGCAGCUCUCAAGGCGGGAUUCAAGCUUGAAAGAGUCACGAACAGUGAGAAAGAGAUUGAACUGACUGCAGCCUUGCCAACUCAAAGGACUCUGAAUGUCAUUGCUAGGAUUCCAGAGAUGACACUGUCAAGAAUGGCUAUUCCUCUUCCCUACGCUGUUCCCAUCAAUCCCGACGGAACUUUUUCUAUUCACAUUGAUGAUGACAUUCUGACCUGGCUUAAGAACCACUGGGAGGAAUAA